UGCAGGAUUAUGGUUUGUGCUGCUACUGCUUUGUUUGAAUUGGGUUGUUUCAGGCCCACAUCAGUCAUUCUCGCAGAAAACAGAAGAAGAAGGAAGAAAAGAAGAAGAGGGGAACAGGAACAUCUCAACGAGAUCAUCAACCUCAGCAGUCCAAUACUAAGAUACUGGUUUAAACAAGAAGGAAAUCUCAAAGAGCUGAUAUCUUGAAGCCAACAUCCAUCAGACACUUCUCAUUAUCUUCUUUCACUCAUUGUUUUAGUAAAAUGUACACACAAAUUUUGAUUUAAACUUAUUGAUUGUGGUGAGAAUUUUGUGUAAAUGAAACAAUUGGUAUUCAAUUUUUUCUUUAUUGUUGAACAUAAAGAUUCCAAUAUGUAAUCUUAUAAAAUCAAUCAUAUUAUCAUUUAUAAGUGCGAUUACUUUGUUAAACGGUAGCAUAUGAUAAUAAUAAUUCCCGCAGCAAAGCGCGCGCACACUGGCUCGUAUACAUAAACUAAAACCAUGAAAGGUGAAUAUGGAGGUGGUGACACCAAGAGUGAAACCCAAAACAUGUUCUCGAAGCUUCACCAUCAUAACAACCCACAAUCUCAUCCUCACCCUCACCACCCCCAGCGGCAGUACCACCACCAUUUCUCCAACCCGUUUCAGAUAACCCCAGUCCGCGAAUGUCAGCUCCAGACUUCUGAAGUCGUCCGCAGGCCCAGGGGCCGCCCUCCCGGCUCCAAGAACAAGCCCAAGCCGCCCGUCAUCAUAACCCGGGACACCGAGCCCGCCAUGAGCCCUUACAUUCUUUAAGUCCCCGGCGGAAGCGACGUUGUCCAGGCCGUCUCCCGAUUCUGCUGCCGCAAGAACAUCGGCCUCGUCAUCCUCACCGGCUCCGGAACCGUCGCCAACGUCACUCUACUUCAGCCGUCGACGACUCCAGGAGCUACUGUUACCUUCCACGGCCGCUUCGACAUCCUCUCGAUCUCCGCCACGUUCCAUUUUUGAAGAGGAGUUCCAGACAAAAAGCAAGACAGCGGCAGAAGAAAAGGAAGAAGAGUUGUUGGGUUUAGUGUUUCGGUAGAGUUAGGGAUGUUUACCGGGGUUAGUAGGCUGGUAAGAGGUGGUUAGGCUGAGGAGACAACAAUGCCAAGUGUCAAAAUUUUAUAGGGAGACAGGGAAGGGGAUAGGGAAAUGGGGACAGAAGAUUUGAAGCCAUGGUUGCAUUAUCUUCUGGACAUCUAGUCAUUAAAAUUCUCAGUGUCCAUAUUCAGCUAGCAAAUCUACAGAGCAAGAUCAGAUAUACUAUAUUCAUGUCAGGAAGCUCCGUCGUCUCAUCAUCAGUAUGGGGGUUAUUCUUGUUCAUCUUUGGGCUGUGUGUUCUGGUAGAAGCUCAAGCUCCUUCUUCUCAACCUUCUCAAGCUCCUAGUUCUCAACCUCAAGCUACCACUGAUCCAUUUGAAGCGAGAGCUCUGAAUUCAGUCUUUCAAAAAUGGAAAAUUGCACCCAAACAGAGGCAAUGGAACAUAAGCGGAGAACCAUGCAGUGGAGCAGCCAUAGACCCCUUCAUCUUUGCCAGUAAUGACUCCUACAACCCCUUAAUCAAAUGUGUCUGUUCCAACUUCACUUGCCACAUUACUGAACUGAAAGUUUAUGGCUUGGACGUUAUUGGUGAACUCCCAGAAGAGCUUUGGAGUUUGACUUCCCUCACCAGCCUGAAUUUGGCCCAGAAUUACUUGACAGGACCUCUCUCUCCAUCAAUUGGAAAUCUUACCGACAUGCAAUACUUGAGCCUUGGCAUUAAUUCAUUAUCAGGCGAGAUACCGAAGGAACUCGGGAAGCUCACUGAUUUAAUAUCAUUGGCUUUUGGGACAAACAACUUUUCUGGUCCCCUGCCAUCUGAGCUAGGGAAUUUGACAAAAUUAGAACAGAUUUACAUUGAUAGUUCUGGAGCUGGUGGCGCAAUUCCAUCAACAUUUGCUAAUCUACAAAGCUUGAAGACAGUUUGGGCAUCAGACAAUGAAUUCACUGGCAGGAUACCAGACUUCAUAGGAAAUUGGUCAAGUCUUACAACCUUGUUGUUUCAUGGUAAUUCUUUUGAAGGUCCUAUUCCAUUGACACUUUCCAAUCUGUCAUCUCUAACAGAGCUGCGUAUCAGUGAUGUAUCUAAUGGUAAUAGGAGCUCUUCUCUUGGAUUUAUAAAGAAUAUGAAGUCUCUGAAUAUCUUAGUGCUGAGGAAUAACCAUAUUUCUGACGUAAUUCCUUCCUACAUUGGAGAUUACCAACGUUUGUCUCAGCUGGAUUUGAGCUUCAACGAUAUAACUGGACGAAUACCAGACUCGCUGUUUAAUUUGAGUUUGCUCAGUAUCCUGUUUCUCGGAAACAACAAGUUGAAUGGUACCCUUCCUGAAUCUAAAAAAUCCUCUCUUCACACUGUAGACCUAUCUUACAAUAAUCUAGUCGGGAGAUUUCCUUCUUGGGUGAAUGAAGAGUAUUUACAGCUUAACUUAGUUGCCAACAACUUUAGCAUCGAAACUUCAAACAGCAGUGUUCUGCCUUCAGGUUUGAUUUGUCUUCAAAAAAACUUUCCCUGCAUUCGCGGCCCUGGAAUCAAUUAUAAUUUUGGGAUCAAAUGUGGUGGUCCUCAGGUUAGAUCUUCCAAUGGAAUUGUGUAUGACAAGGAAAAUGAGACCCUUGGUCCAGCUACAUAUAUGGUCAAUGACGAGAACAGAUGGGGAGUUAGCAACACUGGAAUUUUCACUCGGAGCAAUAACAAUCAGUAUACAAUUAACUCCUCCCUUCAAUUCACAAGUACUUUAGAUUCUGUGCUAUUCCAAACUGCAAGACUCUCUGCUUCGUCACUAAGAUAUUAUGGCUUGGGGCUUCAGAAUGGUAAUUACACCGUGAACCUCCAAUUUGCAGAACAAGUUAUCCUAGAUUCUACUUCUUGGAGAAGUCUUGGGAGACGUGUUUUUGAUAUUUAUAUUCAGGGUAUCCUGGUUUUGAAGGAUUUUGAUAUACGAAAGGAGGCAGGGGCAUCUCUCCUACCUCUUCGGAAGGAAUACAAGGCUCAUGUUUCAGAGAACUACCUUGAAAUCCAUCUCUUUUGGGCUGGAAAGGGGACUUGUUGUGUACCUGUUCCUGGUACUUAUGGACCUGCUAUUUCAGCCAUCAGGGCCACACCAGAUUUCAUUCCUGAUGACAAUAACAAUAAUACAAAUGAAAAGAAGAUUAGGACAUGGUUGAUUGUGGGGUUUGCUAUUGGUGGUGGAGUUUUACUUCUGGUGAUGUCAAUUUUCCUUAUUGUUCGAAGAAGAAAAAGCCCCAAAUCCUGUGAUGAUGAAGUGCUUUUGGUUGAGUUGGCAGAGCUGCUAGGAAUAGAUGUUGGACGACUCGCUAUCAGUUAUUCUGAACUAAAGACAGCUACAAAUGACUUCGAUCCAUCGAAUAAACUUGGAGAGGGAGGAUUUGGUCCUGUGUACAAAGGAUUACUUAAUGAUGGAAGAGUUAUUGCCGUGAAGCAAUUGUCUGCAGCAUCCCAUCAAGGAAAGAACCAGUUUAUAACUGAGAUUGCUACUAUAUCAGCAGUGCAACACAAUAACCUAGUGACUUUGUAUGGAUUCUGCACUGAGGGAGAUAAACGACUCCUUGUGUAUGAGUAUCUAGUGAACAAGAGUCUUGAUCAAGCACUAUUUGGAGAAAGAGGUUUGAAUCUAGAUUGGUCCACACGGUUUGGUAUAUGCAUGGGAGUAGCUAGAGGUUUGAACUAUCUUCAUGAGGAAUCAAGGCUUCGAAUUGUACACAGAGAUGUGAAGGCCAGUAAUAUUCUGCUCGAUUCUGAACUCAUCCCCAAAAUAUCAGAUUUUGGUUUAGCCAAGCUUUAUGAUAGUAAAAAGACCCACAUGAGUACCCAGGUUGCUGGGACACUUGGGUAUCUUGCACCGGAAUAUGCCAUGCGUGGCCAUCUUACAGAGAAGACUGAUGUCUUUGCCUUCGGUGUUGUGGCUCUAGAAAUUGUCAGCGGUAGACCCAAUUGUGACACGAGCUUAGACGAAGACAAGAUUUAUCUUCUUGAAUCGGCUUGGGUCUUGCAUGAAAGCAAACGUGAAGUUGAACUAGUGGACUCUGGAUUAUCUGAAUUUGACGAGGAAGAAGUGAGACGAGUAAUCAACAUAGGACUUUUGUGCACUCAAACAUCACCAACACUACGACCAUCAAUGUCUCGUGUGGUGGGAAUGCUUUCAGGAGACAUUGAAGUGACGAUAUUAACUUCAAAGCCCGGUUAUUUGACAGACUGGAAGUUUGAUGAUGUAAGUAGUGUAGCCAGCACCAUGAUGGAUAUGCCAAGUAACGGAAUAAAUACUAGCCUUUUCAACUCAACAGCAUGUACAAGCUUGAUGGGGGAUGCACAGCAAUCACCUGCAAAUUAAUGCCACUCAUCCCAACUGUUGGAUAAGGUAAGUGAUUACUUUGAAGAAGGAAUUGAAUAAUGAUUGAUCUUUUAUUAAUGUUUAAUUUAGGGUAAAACAAAUUGAAUACACACUUGGAUUUUAUUUCUUGGCCAUGUAUGUGUGAAAUAAAAUGAAAUUGUAAUUCAUUAUUUCA